AUGCUGACAGCGUUGACUCUGGCUGACAGUGUGGGCUCCAGGGCUGCAAGGCGGUGGGUCCAGAUGCAGCCAAGGAAGCACGACAUCGAUCAGUACCGUAAGCUGUCGGCCGCGUCGAUCCCGCCGAUUCCAGCAAAAGAGCGGAUGCGCAUCGUCAUUAAUCACGUCAUAGAAGCUGGGAGCCCCACCCGGUCAUCGCCGCUCGUGCGGGAGCAAGCGGGCACACCGUUAGAAAGUCAGGCGCAAAAGCCCAUGUACGACAACAUCAGGAACUGGUACAAGAAAUACAGCUCCGAGGACGACGCGGCGGACGCGAUGGCCAACCGGGUGAAUAUCUUCGUCGAGGCUGUUGAGCAGGGUUUGAAAAAGUCGGACAUGUACGAGACGAGGUACGACGCCUUCUCCGAGCUGGUGCGCGCCAGCACCAUGUGUAUCAUGUGCCCGAAUGAGACGCUGCGGGAGAUGGUGGCGGAGAAUGUCGAGGUCUUGAAGGAGGCGAUGACGGAGGUACGGGAGUUGAUUGAUGAGAAGGGGGAAGGGGAGAAGUUCAGGGCAUCGGGUAUCGUGGACAGGAUCAGGGGACUGCCGCAGUCUCCGUAUGGGAGGAUCUGUAUCGACCCGUCCAUGUUCGACGACCUGUUGAAGGCGAUCACUGGCAUGGAGCAAUAA